AUGGCCUCCCGAACCUCAGUCCGCCUCGCCCAAGCCCUCCGGCCAAUGGUGCCGGGCCGCGUCCACCCCCUCCGGACGACGAUCCGUUGCUACUCCGAUGCCGCUCCGGCCCAGCCCAAGCUCCUGGCCACUCUCAAGACCGACCUUAAGACCGCCAUGCGCGCAAAGGACGCGCCCCGUCUGUCGGUCCUCCGCUCCGUUCUCUCCGCCACCAACAACGCCGCCAAGACAGACUCCCCCAUUGCGACGGACGCCCAGCUCGUCGCCCUCCUCCGCAAGACGCAGCGCGCCACCCAGGACGCCGCCAAGCAGUUCCGUGACGCCGGUCGCGACGACCUCGCUGAGAAGGAGGACACCCAGGCCAAGGUUAUGGCCGAGUACAUUGCCAGCAGCGGCGUCGUCACCGUCACCGAGGCCGACGUCCGCGUUCUCAUCCAGAAGGCCAUCGAGGACUCCGUCGCAGCGGGCAAGAGUGGGCUUGGAGAGGUCAUGAAGCUCAUCAACAAGGCGACUGGGGACAAGGACCUCGAGGUCGAGAAGAAGCGUGUUGCCGAGCUCGUCAAGGAGGCCCUUAAGAAGGAUUAG